AGGAGAAAAAUCAGCCGAAAUGGAGUCUCAGAUCCGUCAGAACUACCACCGCGACUGCGAGGCCGCCAUCAACAGGAUGGUGAACAUGGAGUUUUACGCCUCCUACACCUACACCUCCAUGGCCUUCUACUUCUCCAGGGAUGAUGUGGCCCUCAAAGGUUUCGCCCACUUCUUCAAGGAGAACAGCCAUGAGGAACGAGAGCACGCUGAGAAGUUUCUGAAAUUCCAGAACAAGAGAGGUGGACGCAUUUUCCUUCAGGACAUCAAGAAACCUGAGCGUGAUGAGUGGGGAACUGGACUGGAGGCCAUGCAGUGCGCUUUGCAGCUGGAGAAGAAGGUCAACCAAGCUCUGCUGGACCUGCACAGGAUCGCCACUGAGAAGGGUGACCCUCAUCUGUGUGACUUCCUGGAGUCGCACUACCUGAACGAGCAGGUGGAGAUGAUCAAGAAGCUGGGUGACUACAUCACCAACCUCACCAAGAUGGACGCUGGAAACAACAAGAUGGCCGAGUACCUGUUUGACAAGCACACUCUGCGGGGUGAAAGCUAAAUUAGGUCCCAGGCUUCACCCAGAGCUUUCAGAACCUCCACCUGGAAUCAGUGAAAUGUGUCCUGUUAUUAAGCUCUCGUUUUGGCUGUGGAGGAUCUCUACAUGUUCACACUAAA